AUGACGUCGUUUGGAUGGAAGCGAAAAAUUGGUGAGAAAAUUUCGCGCACUGCCUCCGCUGCUUUUCAAGCUGAUGCCGAGGAAGAUGAAGAUGAAAUUGAUGAUGGACAAAUAGAUUGGUUGACCCUCGCCCCAAAACGAAAGUUUGGGGGAGGAAAUCUUCUUGAAGAUACUGUUUGUAAAAGUGAUCGUCUUAGGCAAGAAGGCAACACCUUAUGUGAAGCAGAAAGAUAUUGGGAAGCCAUUAAAAAAUGGGAUGAAGCAAUCCAAUUGACCCCCAGCAAUGAAGUUCUUUAUGAAUUGAAGGCUCAGGUGUUGCUCAUUUUGCAAGAAGUAUUUCCAGCCGUCCAGUUUGCUGAAAAAGCAACCAAAUUGAAGCCAAAUUGGUGGUCUGCCUAUCAAACACUGGGACGAGCACUUCUGGGACUUGGAGAAGUCAAGUUGGCUGUUCGUGCAUUCAGCAAAGCUGUUCAUCUCAACCCAACAGUACAAGAAUUGUGGAAGGAAGACUUACAGUGGGCUUGCACACUUCUGGAGCAAAAGAAGCACAUAACGGCUGAACUGGAAGAAAGUACUCUGACCAACAGUGCCACAAUUAAGGAACUGGACACUGAGAGUCGAACAGAUGAUGCCGAGGAAUAUAUAGAGGACGUGGUCAGCCAAGACAAAGACUCAGACGAUGAAAAUGCACUUGCUGAUGACAAAUAUGACACUUACAGACAACAGAAACUGGUCAGCCUUCGAAAUUCUGACCAGUCUCUUACACCAAAGACAGAAACUGUAAAAGUACAUGAGGAAUUGUCUCCACCGCACCAGACUUCCCAGGUGAAAAAAACUGUUAAAUCGCUGCCUACAAAUUAUGUUCUGAUGCGCAAAAUUCCUGCAGGCUGUGAAGACGAGUUCAUGUCCCCUCCAAAGCCUAUAUAA